CAAGGGAAAAGAAAAGAUUAGAUAGUUUCGUGACGCAAUUUCCGUCACAACUUGCGGUGUCUCUGUCGUUGAAUCGGUUCGGUAGGUGGAACGGUUGACAAACCGCGCGCUCUCAUUUCAAGACUCCACUGCACUCUUUCCCCUCUGCCUCUAUCUCUCUUCACAUUGAGAAUCCUCCUCUUUCACAUCUUCUUCUUGCUGAUUGACGAUUAUUCACUUUGUUUCUGUAUACCCCGCAAUGGAGAGGGAGCAUCAUCCUGCUCCUCCUUCUCCAUCGCCGGAGAUCCAAAUCAGGGUCAAUUCCAAGAGGGCAAACAACGUUAUACACCCAGUAGAAACAGGCACUCCUCAAUUGCUGUCUCAGAGUCCAGCUUUGUACACAGAAGUUAAGCAUUUCAAGAAAUGGGUACCUUGGAUUAUACCUGCUUUUGUCAUUGCCAAUAUUGUUAUGUUCAUUAUCACCAUGUAUGUCAAUAACUGUCCCAAGAAUUCUGUCUCUUGCAUUGCUCGUUUUCUGGGUAGAUUUUCCUUUCAGCCUUUUAAGGAGAACCCACUUCUCGGCCCUUCUUCGACCACGCUGCAGAAGUUGGGGGCUUUAGAUGUGACUAAGGUGGUUGAUGAGCACCAGGGAUGGCGUCUCCUCACCUGCAAUUGGUUACAUGGAGGAGUUUUUCAUUUGUUGGCAAAUAUGCUUAGUCUCUUAGUUAUUGGGAUUCGGCUUGAACAAGAAUUUGGAUUUGUUAAGAUUGGAUUGCUAUAUGUCAUCUCUGGAUUUGGUGGGAGUUUGUUGUCAGCUCUUUUCAUCCAAUCAAAUAUCUCUGUUGGUGCUUCUGGUGCACUUUUUGGUCUACUUGGGGCAAUGCUUUCUGAACUCAUCACUAAUUGGUCAAUAUAUACCAACAAGGUAGCAGCUUUCAUCACUCUUUUGGUCAUCAUUGUAAUCAAUUUAGCAGUAGGAAUUCUACCACAUGUUGACAACUUUGCCCAUAUUGGAGGAUUUCUUUCUGGUUUCUUUCUUGGGUUUGUAUUUCUGAUACGCCCACAGUUUGGAUGGGUUAGCCAAAGAUAUGCUUCUCGUGGAUAUUUUCCAGUUUCAGUUAAAUCUAAAUUCAAGGCCUAUCAGUGCAUAUUGUGGAUCAUUUCUCUUAUCAUUGUCAUUGUCGGGUUUACUAUUGGCCUGGUUCUGCUUCUACGGGGAGUUGAUGCAAAUGAACAUUGUUCGUGGUGCCAUUAUUUGUCUUGUGUGCCUACUGGAAAAUGGAGCUGUAACACCGAGCCUGCUUCCUGCUUGUCUAACCAAUUCGGCAACCAGCUAAAUUUGACGUGCACAACCAAUGGAAAAUCCACCACAUACACACUGCCAGAUGCAACAAGUUCUAAGAUUCAGGGGUUGUGUACUCAGCUCUGUCGAUGAUUUCUGUAAAUGAUAGGGUCUAUGGAAGUUCACAGGAGGGAUUAUAUGUGCAAAUCUUCUUGGUUCAUAAACUUUUUUUUUUAAUCGUUAUUCCCUUGAUUUCUUGUAAUUAUUGCAUUGCAAUCUGCAUCAUAAGUUUUGAGGACUAAGCAUUGGUUUGAACCAGUAAAUGGAAGGCUUUAGAGGGUGUUUGGCUGAAA